AUGGCUACAUCAGAUUUCCAAGAGAACUUCUUUCACUGCUCUAUCUGCACUGAAAAGUUCAGGCAUCCAAAAGUUUUACCCUGUCAACAUACAUUCUGUAAAUUGUGUAUUCAUGCUUACAUCAGACAAGAAGUUGCAAAAACACCUGGUAGACAUGGAUUUCCUUGUCCGAUUUGUCGAAGCUUCACACAGAUCAGGAACCCUAGUGUUCCAUAUGAUAAAUGGUCAGACUCUCUGAUAACAAACUUCAAUCUUAUCAACAUGAUGGAAGCAAUAGACGUUGGAAAAGAAGUCAAAUGUUCAAUUCAUAAGAAAACCCAGGAAUACUUCUGUAAGGGACAUGAGAAAAACAUUUGCUCUGAUUGUGCUAUCUUUGAUCAUAGAACAUGUGAUGUUACAGCACUCGCUGCAGCCAAAAAACAUGAAAAACUCCUUGGAAGUGUUUCUGAGUGUCUACUUGAAGCUUCCCAAUUGGAAAAGAAAAACUUGGACUCUAUCAGUGCAUUAGAAGGAAGCAAAAAUGCCAUCGAAAUGAAAUUAAAAAAUCAUUUUACACUAAUGAGGGAAAGGAUUGACACUGCUGAAAAGGAUCAGAUCAAUAUGCUUCAAUGCAAGUAUAGUUGUGAACUGCUUUGUUUGAAGGAGAAUCUAGAUAAGUGUCAAAACUUGAGUGAAAAUUUGCAGACUGCGAUGGAAGAACUACGACAACAAAAGGGAGAUUCCUCAACAGACAUAGAACACUGCGAAGGAAAUGUUGUAGACUUAAAAGGACAGUUGGAGACAACUUUAAAGUCUAUCCGAGAUAAAGGAGAGAUUCAUAUAUCUCUGAGAUCCGAUGUUGAUCUUGACAGCCAAAUGGAAAAGCUGUCUAAUUUAGUUGGAGAGAUAAUUGUUAAUAUUUCUUCAGAAGAAAACCGGUCAGGGGCAGGGGCAAGCAGGGGUCCUUUAAAUUUACAACCAUCAGGGAACAGAUAUAUGGAUCACAAUGGCGCUAUGGACGAUGUUGGCCUUCCUUCUUAUGCAAUGGCUGUACAGCAGUAUGGUCCCAUGCUUAAUGCUCCUCCUGGUGCUCCAGGGGUCGUUCAUGUCAUUCAUGGCUCAGUUCCUCCAUCAGGACCUGUUGGUCCCCAACCUAUUCUGCCACUCGGACCAUUUGGACCAACUUCUAAUGCACCAAAAUCUCUUGUUCCUAUGACAUCUUUCAAUGCCAAAAGACCAAGUGAUAAAACCCAUUGCUGGUUAACUGGAGCCUCAUUUUUGUCCAAUGAUAACAUUGUGAUGGCAGAUCGGAAUAACAAGAAAGUGAAACUGUUCUCAAAUACAUUCUAUUGCAUAGCUGAGAUGGCCAUGCAGACUUAUCCUUUUGAUCUGGCUGAAACAUGUACAGGAGAAAUAGCAGUGACAUUGCCGAAACAGAAUCGUGUUGGAUUUUUCCACUUGGAGACCCUGACCCCAUGUUCUCAUUAUAUUGACACUGAGCAGCCCUGUCUUGGAAUCACCUCGGGUCACGAGAGAUUGUACAUCUGCUGUGACACGACUUGGUCCAAGGUUGGGUGCAUACGCGUAUAUGACAAGUUCAACCAACUUCUAAUCAAGAUUGAGAAAGAUGAUCGUGGCAAGGAUAUGGUGAGUGUGACUGACUAUUUGACUGUGUGCCCUCUCUCUGGGAACCUCUUCUUCAAGCGUGGAGGUCUGAGUAAGGAAUGUAUUCACUGCACUACAAACCAGGGCACUAUCCUGUGGAAAGCCAAAGUUCCUUCUUGGAUGGAUGUUCCAGCUGGACUUGCUGUCCUCAACGAUGGACUUAUAGUGUCCAUAGGAAGUCUUAAGUGGAUAUCUCCGGGAGGCCAGAAGUGGGAGAAGCUGAUUGAUUCUAGUGAUGUGGGUGGUCCAUGUGCACUUUCUGUCAGUCAUGACAAAACACGGCUUCUGGUUACACAAGCGGACGCAAUCUCCAAUUGUAAGGAAAAUGAUGAAGUGAGGAUCUUCAACAUCAUGUAUCAGUUUGGUUAA